AUGAUGGUUUUGUAAAAGUAAUAAUAAGACCUUAAUGCAUAUCUCAAUAUGGUUUUUGAGUUUACUAUAAAUUUGAUAAAUUUUAGAGAUAUUAAUUAAAACAAAAAAAAUAUCAUCAUCCAAAAUCAAAUGUCAUCCUCCACAUCCUCAGUUAGUAAUUCAGGAUUAUUUUCUUAAUCUACUUUAAACAGCAUCUAAACCUACUAUGAUAUAGAAUUAGAAUAAGAAGAAUUGGAAGCUGAAAAAGAGAUAUUUGCUUAAAUGUUUGAAGUUAAUUAUAACACAACUAAUUUGUCCAUCUAGGUUAUGGAAGAGUCUUUUAUUUUAAGGUAAAAUAUCUAAAAAGAAUUAUUUUUAUUAGGAAAACAAAUAAACUUAGGAUGCUAAAACGAAAACUUCAUAAACUGAUGAGAGUUUAAAAAAGUGGAAGGAAAGUGGUUGAAAUUUAAAGAAAGGAAGAGGCUUAAAUUGGGAUAAGAUAAUUUAACUAAUUUAAAUAUUAUGAGAAUUAAGAAGGCUAAUAUUAUGAUGUAGGAGGUAAUAAGAAUUAAAAUAUUAACAACUUUAAUUACCAGGCUAUGAAAGAACCUAUAAUAAAACCAGAUAUUAGUAUUAUAUCGUCGAUAUCAACAUAGCAUUCAGGUUUACUAUUUUUUAUAAUUUUAGCAUCACAGCCUAAUAUAUAUAAUAUCAACGAUAUAAAUAAUAUUAAGAAUACAAAUAUUGAUAUUAAUAUUAAUUUAAUAAACAACAAUGAUUAAAUUAAUAAUACUAAUAAUGAUUAAUGUGAGGGAAUUGUGUAAAAUGCAUUUGAAUAACAUGAUCCAAAUGAAUAGUUUUAGUAGCAUUAGUAGAAGUGAAAUAAACCCUUCAAACUUGUAGCUACAGUUAUGAGGGGUUGAAAAAGCCGUGCGUACACUCAAAGAAGUGACAAAGCUUUCAU